CAUCUAUCAAUCAAACCAGGAAGGAACAUUCAUCAUGUCUUGCAGACUUCAAGAAUACCAGGUGGUUGGGCGUAAGCUUCCCUCAGCAAAGGAGACUUCUCCCAAGCUUUACCGUAUGAGAAUUUUUGCUCCCAACACUGUUGUUGCCAAGUCUCGUUUCUGGUACUUCUUGAAGAAGCUCCGCAAGGUCAAGAAGGCUGCCGGUGAAAUUGUCUCCAUCAACCAGAUCUCCGAGAAGCGCCCUGAGCAGAUCAAGAACUUUGGUAUCUGGCUCCGUUAUGACUCUCGCUCUGGCACCCACAAUAUGUACAAAGAGUACCGCGAGAUGUCUCGCUGCGAGGCCGUUGCCACAUGCUAUCAGGAUAUGGCUGCCCGUCACCGUGCUCGCUUUAGAUCAGUUCAGAUCAUCCGCGUUGCUGAUGUUAAGAACGCUGAUGUCCGUCGCCAGUACAUCAAACAGCUUUUGACUCCUAAGCUUGCUUUCCCUCUUCCCCACCGCGUCCAACGCGCCGAAAAGGGCAACCGAUCGCUUUACUUGGCCAAGCGUCCCUCCACUUUCUACUAAGUGUUCUCUUCAGAUAUUGCUCUUUGCUGAAAAUAAUAUCGUUUUGAACUCCUUCAUUUCAUUGCCAUCGACAUUCAUGCACUCAUUAAUUGUGUUACACAAACACCCCAUCCAUUUUAUCACUACGGCGAAGUGAUCUUUAACUCACUCGCAACCUUUUAAAUUUCUUUAUUUAGUAAAUAACAUAUACUG